CAUCCCUCCCUCUCCCCCCCCCCCCCCUUCCACGCAAACCCUAAUCCCCUCCCCCAAGCCAUGGACCGCCACCGCUCCUCCCGCCGCGCCCGCGACGACGACGGCCACCACCGCUCCCGCGACCGGGAGGACGACCGCCACCGCCACCACCACAAGCGCGACGGCGGGGAUGACGACGACCGCCGCCGCCACCACCGCGACAAAGACGACCGCCGCAGCCACCGCCACCGCGACGACGACGACGACCGCCACCGCAGCCGGCGGUCCUUGUCGCCGUCGGAGUCCCCGCAGCCCUCGGCGAAGCGGGACCGCUCGUCGAGCCGCCCGCGGGAGUCCGUUGAGCGCCGGGACUCUGCCGACCGCGAGCCACCGUCGUCGCGGAAGCGGAAGGGCCACGAUGGCGGCGGCGGCGGGGGUGACGAGGCCGACCGCGAAGGGGGCAAGCGGGCCAGGGCUUCCGUGGACCCGCCUCCGCCCAAGGAGGAGAGACCCAGGCGGGAGCGCCGGAGGUUUGAGGAUGUUGAUGCGAAUGGAAAGGAUGGUGAUGAGAGGGGCAAGGGGGGUAAGGAUGCCUCAUCCUAUGACCAGAAGAAUGGGCAGUUAAGAGUUAAUGGUGAUUCACAGAGGGGUGCUGGGCCUAAUGCUGGCUCUCAGCAACCGCUCAAUGCCACACCUGUUGUUGUGGUGCCAUCUUCUGUUCCUGUUCUUUCAAAGGUAUCUUCGAUUAUUACCAACAAUGAAAAUGAGGGAGUUAGUAUUAGAUCUGAUGAGGUUACUGGAAAAUCUAGUACAGAUGGAAGUGCAACCUCAGCUGCUGGCAACAGUAGUAGCCUAUCUCUUGAUGCUUUAGCCAAAGCAAAAAAAGCUUUGCAACUGAAGAAGGAACUUUCAGAAAAACUCAAGAAAUUACCCAUGCUUAAUAAUAAACUUGGUACUAGUAUUACUGAUACACAAGUUUCUAAGAAAGAAGAAACAAAAACUUCUGUAUCAGCUGUAGAAGCUCAGCCCGUUUCUAAAGGAGAAGCAACAACUAAUCUGCCCACUAGUAGUGUCUCUGGGACGCAGGCCACAGCUGGUGCGAUUGGUAUUCCAGGUCUGGCUAACAUUUCCAAUCUGGAUGCUGUGAAGAGAGCUCAAGAGCUUGCUGCUAAGAUGGGAUUCCGCCAAGAUCCACAAUUUGCUCCCCUCAUUAACUUAUUUCCUGGCUCAUCUACUGAGCUAACAGUGCCUCAAAGACCUGCCAAGGCUCCUGUUCUUCGCCUUGACGCUCAAGGUAGAGAAAUUGAUGAGCAUGGAAAUGUUAUCAGCAUGACAAAGCCAAUGAACCUGAGUACUCUGAAGGUCAACAUAAACAAGCAAAAGAAGGAAGCUUUUCAAAUAAUUAAACCGGACUUGGAUUCUCUUGCAAAAUCAAGUGCUCAUUUUGAUGAAAGGAUGGGCAUAAACCAAAACAAGCUCCUCCGCCCUAAAAGGCCAGGAUUUCAGUUCAUUGAGGAAGGUAAACUCUCUAGGCAGGCUGAAUUGCAGAGAAUUAAGAGUCAAUUUGGCGAAGCACAAGCUAAAGAGCUCAAAGUAAAGCAAGCCCAGCUUGCUAAAGCAAAGGCAGAAGUAGACAUGAACCCAAACCUUAUUGAAGUUGCUCCUGGUGUGAGGGCUCCAAAGCAAAAGCAGAAGGAAGAAAUUCCUGACAUUGAGCCAUGGGAUGCCAGAAUUUUACUUUCUGUCACAUAUGAGGAUAUCUCUGUGGAGAAGCUUAAUAUGGACAGGAUCACCAUAUAUGUAGAACAUCCAGAGCCAUACGAUCCACCAGCUGAACCUGCACCACCGCCGCCCCAGCCACUGAAGUUAACUAAGAAGGAGCAGAAGAAGCUCAGAACACAGAGGCGCCUUGCUAAGGAAAAAGAUAGGCAAGAAAUGAUUAGGCAAGGCCUCUUGGAGCCACCCAAACCUAAGGUCAAAAUGAGCAAUCUUAUGAAAGUACUAGGCUCUGAAGCUGUGCAAGAUCCCACGCGCCUGGAGAUGGAAAUAAGAACUGCUGCUGCGGAGCGUGAGCAGGCUCAUGUUGACCGCAACAUUGCCCGCAAGCUCACACCAUCUGAGCGCCGUGAGAAGAAAGAGCGGAAGCUUUUUGAUGAUCCUAACAGCACGGUGGAGACAAUAGUCUGUGUUUACAAAAUCAGAGACCUGUCCCACCCACAGACACGCUUUAAGGUCGAUGUGAAUGCACAAGAGAACCGGCUAACUGGUGCAGCAGUGAUUACGGAUGGUAUCAGUGUCGUGGUUGUUGAAGGAGGGAAGAAGUCGAUCAAAAGGUACAGUAAGCUCAUGCUGAACCGGAUAGACUGGGCAGCUGCAGUUGGUGGUGAGGACGAUGCUGAUGAGGAACCUGACAAGCUGGUGAAUAGCUGUGUAUUGGUCUGGCAGGGUAGCGUUGCAAAGUCCACCUUCCACAGGUUCACUGUACACAACUGCCGGAGUGAGGCUGCUGCUAAGAAGGUUUUCAUAGAUGCUUCUGUUCCUCAUUACUGGGAUAUGGCUGUCAAUUUUUCAGAAGAUUCGUCGUGAGCAAAGCACCUGUUCAUAACCCGGCUAGCUGCUGUGGAUCUUUGCUCUAUCUGCAUAAAAGUGAUGUGUGGCCCGCGUUAUAGCGCAUGUCGGUAAGUCUUGUUAUGAAGUAGUACAAAGCCCUACUACUAUUGCUUAAGACUUUUUGUUGAACUGAGUAGUACCUUGUACUGUCAAUCUGUUGUGAGCAUGUCAUUUCAGAGAUGUUGAUGUUUGUUGCGGGAUUUGCUUAUGUGGCACUAUGUUGCGAGGAACUAUCGAGUUUUGCAAUAUACACUUUCAAAUAAUUCCGUUGCAACAUCUA